AUGAGUGAGACCAGCCGGCUGUGCUCCGGCUACUACAGCCUCAACCAUACCUUCGUGGAGUCCUUCCAGUGCCCCCGGCGCGGCGAGGGGGCCGCGCUUCUCUACUGCUGCGGCUUCGCGGACCUCAAGUACUGCUGCAGCGAGCCGGGCAGCUACUUCCCCUACAAGCACAGCUACAUGUGGAGCCUCAGCAUUGGUGCUCUGAUUGGAUUGGGGAUUGCUGCCCUUGUUUUACUUGCCUUUGUCGUCAGCGUCUGUGUCCUUUGCUAUUUAUUUCUGUAUACAAAACCUCAAAGAUUAGACACUGGCCUUAAACUUCAUCACCUAGAGGCUUCUUCCGCUCAAGAAGGCAACCUAAAUAGAAAAACCAAAGCCCUCAAUUCAAAUGCAGCAUCAAAUUCUACAAAUGAAACAUUCUAUGAAGCUGAAGAUAAAAUUCAAGAAAAAGAAGUGGAUACAAUACAAAUUAAUAUUGCUUAUUAA